AUGGAGCCGCCAGCCCAACCCAAUCUGCGGGUUACCAUUAUUGCCGCGGAUGGACUCUACAAGCGCGAUGUCUUUAGAUUCCCGGAUCCUUUCGCUGUCGCGACAAUGAGCGGGGAGCAGACGAAGACAACCAGUGUCAUUAAAAAGACGUUGAACCCAUACUGGAAUGAGAGCUUUGACAUGAAGGCGACGGAGGAAAGCAUACUAGCGGUCCAGAUAUUUGAUCAGAAGAAGUUCAAGAAGAAGGAUCAAGGCUUCCUUGGAGUCAUAAAUGUCCGCAUCGGUAGCGUAAUCGAUCUAGAUGCCGGUGGUGACGAAAUGAUUACACGAGACCUUAAAAAGUCGAAUGAUAACAUGGUAGUACAUGGCAAACUCAUCUUGAAUCUAUCCACGAACUUGACGCAACCGAUCAGCCAGCCAGGGCAGGGUGCGCCGGGGAGGCCUUCAAUGUCCACUCACUCAUCCGUGAACGGAGUCAACAGGCCGACGUCCACUACACCCGCUGCCGCGCAGUCAUCGCAUUCUCUGCUCCCCGAACAACCUUACCCAGGCCGUACCGGAGCGUCCAGCGCUGCCGUUCAACGCCAAACUCAGCCCAGCGCGCCAUCAGCUACUCCUUCGUCAUCAACAGGAGGGCAACCGGCGGCAGGGCAGGCUGGUGGGGCAAGAAAUGCGGCAUUCAGUGCUUUUGAGGAUAACCAGGGGCGACUACCACCAGGCUGGGAGCGCCGCGAAGAUCAUCUUGGGAGAACGUACUAUGUCGACCACAACACAAGGCAAACAACAUGGAUACGCCCUGCAGCAACGGGUUUCAACCAAAGCGAACAACGGACAGCUUUGGAGGCCCAAACGCAGGUCGAGCGUACCCGGCAUCAAAACAGAAUGCUGCCAGAGGAUAGGACGGGUGCCAAUUCUCCCACGCUCUCUGAACGACAACCCGUGCUUCCUCCUGGUCCUUCCGCAAACGCUGUCUCGAUGAUGGCAACGGGUGCCACGACGGCAGGCACAGGGGAACUGCCGUCGGGCUGGGAGCAGCGUCAUACGCCCGAAGGACGCCCUUACUUUGUUGACCACAACACUCGCACAACCACAUGGGUGGAUCCGCGCCGGCAGCAGUACAUCCGUAUGUACGGCCAGAAUGCCCAGAAUGGCACGAUUCAACAACAACCAGUCUCGCAACUCGGGCCUCUGCCUAGUGGAUGGGAAAUGCGGCUUACCAACACCGCCCGUGUGUACUUUGUGGAUCACAACACUAAGACAACGACAUGGGAUGACCCGCGCCUGCCAUCAUCGCUGGAUCAGAACGUUCCUCAGUACAAGCGCGACUUCAGGCGCAAGCUGAUCUACUUCAGAUCUCAGCCAGCCUUGAGGAUCGUCUCCGGUCAAUGCCAUGUCAAGGUCCGGAGGAGCCACAUCUUCGAGGACUCUUACCACGAGAUUAUGCGACAGAGCGCCGGCGACCUCAAGAAACGACUGAUGAUCAAGUUCGAUGGUGAAGACGGUCUCGAUUAUGGCGGUCUAUCCAGAGAAUUCUUCUUCCUGCUCUCCCACGAAAUGUUUAACCCCUUCUACUGCCUGUUCGAGUACUCCGCUCAUGACAACUACACUCUUCAAAUCAACCCUCACUCCGGCAUCAACCCCGAACAUCUCAACUACUUCAAGUUCAUCGGACGCGUCGUCGGCCUGGCGAUCUUCCACCGUCGAUUCCUCGAUGCCUUCUUCAUAGGGGCAUUCUAUAAGAUGAUCCUGCGCAAGAAGGUGUCGCUGCAAGAUAUGGAGGGUGUCGACGCCGACUUCCACCGUAAUCUUACCUGGACGCUGGACAAUGACAUUGACGGCAUUCUUGACCUUACCUUCUCUACUGAUGACGAGCGGUUCGGCGAGACAGUGACGAUCGAUCUCAAACCCAAUGGUAGGAACAUUGAGGUGACCAACGAGAACAAGAAGGAGUACAUCGACCUUAUCACCGAGUGGCGUAUUCAGAAACGGGUGGAGGAGCAGUUCAACGCUUUCAUAACUGGGUUCAAUGAGCUGAUCCCGCCGGAUCUCGUCAAUGUCUUUGAUGAACGCGAGUUGGAACUGCUUAUUGGCGGCAUUGCGGAUAUUGAUGUCGAGGACUGGAAGAAGCACACCGAUUACCGUGGCUAUACUGAAAGCGAUGAGGUUGUGCAGAACUUCUGGAAGUGCAUUCGGAGCUGGGACGCGGAGCAGAAAUCUCGGCUGCUGCAGUUCGCAACCGGUACCUCGCGUAUCCCCGUCAAUGGCUUCAAGGACCUCCAGGGGAGCGACGGGCCAAGGAGAUUCACGAUCGAAAAGGCUGGUGAAGUCACACAGCUUCCGAAGUCGCAUACAUGCUUCAAUCGUCUCGACCUUCCGCCUUACAAGACUUACGAGGCUCUCAAUGGGAAGCUCACGAUUGCCGUAGAAGAGACGGUAGGCUUUGGCCAGGAGUAG